AUGCGCAACUCAAGGCAGGCAACGGUGGCCGAGGCUAACGAGUUGGUGGGUACGGACGGCUUGCUGCGAUUGUGCAGCCAGGGACCCGCGCACGCCGCCAAACUGUUUGCCUCAAUCCUCCGCCGCGCGACUCCUCGAACCUUAUCUUUAUUCUCGCUGCCUGUCGCCGCUGCUGCUUCGCACAACACGCGCACUACUCCUGUCGCAGGGUUUUCCAAAGUAGAUUCGCGCAAAAUGCACUCGAAACUCGUUAUCAUUGGCUCUGGGCCGGCUGGCCACACCGCCGCCAUUUACGCCGCCCGCGCUGACCUCAAUCCCGUCAUGUACGAGGGUUUCCUUGCGCUCGGCAUCGCCGCAGGAGGCCAAUUGACGACGACCGACGAGGUCGAGAACUUUCCCGGGUUCAUGAAGAUCCAGGGCUCCACAUUGAUGGACCAAAUGCGCGCCCAGUCCGAAGCCUGCGGCACCGAAAUCGUCUCCCAGACCGUUGCAAAGGUCGACCUGAAAUCCCGCCCCUUCAAGUACUGGUUGCACCCGAUGGGCGACGACGAGGAGAUCGAGGAAGAAGAACACACCGCAGACAGCAUCAUCAUCGCCACGGGCGCAAAAGCGCGCCGUCUCGAUCUGCCCGGGGAGGAGAAGUACUGGGGCUACGGCGUCAGCGCGUGUGCCGUGUGCGACGGAUCGCUGCCCAUGUUCCGGGACCAGCCGCUGGUUGUGAUCGGCGGCGGCGACUCUGCGGUCGAAGAAGCGCUCUACCUGACCAAGAAGGCGAAGAAAGUCACUGUCCUGGUGCGCAGGGAUAAGCUCCGCGCGAGCCGCACCAACGCGCGCCGCCUCACCACCCACCCCAAGAUCGAGGUCAUGUUCAACACGGGCGCGAGCGAGAUCAAGGGCGAGGACAAGAAGGACGGGCUCAUGACACAUCUUGUUGUCAAGAACAACGUCACCAAGGAGGAGCAGACGAUCGAGGCCAAGGGCCUGUUCUACGCCGUCGGUCACGAUCCCGCGACGCAGCUGUUCAAGGGCCAGCUCGACAUGGACGAGGACGGCUACCUGAUCACGAAGCCGGGCGAGGGCCACACAAGCAUCGAGGGCGUGUUCGCUGCUGGCGAUGUCCAGGACAAGAAGUACCGCCAGGCGGUCACCAGUGCAGGUUCUGGAUGCGUAGCCGCGCUCGAAGCAGAGAAGUACCUCGCCGAGAAAGACGACAGCGUCAGCAACGAGCUCGAGACAGAGAACCAGGCCGAGAAGAGCCAGACCAACGGCGUCGUGCCCGAGUACCGCUCCAACCCUCUCUUGUAAAGAGAUUCGUUCUUGUAAAGAGAUCCUUGUGGACUACAAGGCAAGAAACGUUUCUUUGAUAUAGACUUGGGAUCUUGGGCUAUUUGCAUGGGAUAUUGCAUGGGUAGCGCAGG